AUGGGAAGAAAAUCCUUGUGCCUUCUGCUUGUGGGGGUCCUAGCAGCAUAUUACGUUUACACACCUCUCCCAGAUAAUUUUGAGGAGCCAUGGAAAAUGAUGUUGUUGAACAUACAGUUGAAAACUGUAAUGCAUUUGGCUACGUUUGUUGAGCUUCUGGGAAUUAAACAUUUUAUGGAUUUCUUUAUGAUUGUCAUGAGCUUUAAUGAAGUCCCACCAAUCUCAGACGAAAAUGUUAUGGUGACCGAGACAACAUUCAACAGCAUUCCUGUCCGUGUAUAUGUGCCAAAGAGGAAGUCAGAAGCACUAAGAAGGGGUGUGUUUUACAUUCAUGGUGGUGGCUGGUGUUUAGGAAGUGCUGCUUUACGUAAUUAUGAUAUGCUGUCAAGAUGGACAGCAGACAGACUGGAUGCUGUUGUCAUAUCAACCAACUACAGAUUGGCACCUAAGUAUCAUUUCCCAAUUCAGUUUGAAGAUGUAUAUAAUGCCUUACGGUGGUUCUUACGCAAAAAAGUUCUUGCAGAAUAUGGCGUGAAUCCUGAGAGAAUUGGUAUUUCUGGAGAUAGUGCAGGGGGGAAUUUAGCUGCAGCCUUAAUGCAACAGCUCUUAGAUGACACAGAUGUCAAGAUCAAACUCAAGAUCCAGGCUUUAAUUUAUCCUGCCCUUCAGACUCUUGAUGUAGAUUCACCAUCAUAUAAAGAAAACUCAAAUGAUCCAGUUCUGCCCAAAUCACUCAUGGUCCGGUUCUGGAGCGAAUAUUUUACUACAGAUAGAUCACUUGAAAAAGCCAUGCUUUUAAACCAACAUAUCCCUGUGGAAUCAAGUCAUCUACUUAAGUUUGUUAAUUGGAGUUCCUUGCUCCCUGAGAAGUUUAAAAAAGGACAUGUUUACAACAAUCCAAUUUACGGUAGUUCUGAGCUAUCAAACAAAUAUCCAGGGUUCUUAGAUGUUAGGGCAGCCCCCUUGUUGGCUGAUGACAACAAAUUGCAUGACUUACCACUAACCUAUGUCGUCACCUGUCAAUAUGAUGUUUUAAGAGAUGAUGGACUCAUGUAUGUCACCCGACUUCGCAAUGCUGGAGUUCAGGUGACUCAUCACCACGCUGAGGAUGGAUUCCAUGGAACAUUUUCAUUUCUAGAAUUUAAAAUUAGCACCAGGAUGAUAAAUAAAUAUAUUAGUUGGCUAAAUGAAAAUCUAUAG